CUGCCUGCCACGCAAAGAUGGAAGAUCAUACGCAACAGCUGCCGGCGCAGCUCAUCAGAGAUCGUCUCCGGUAACGUCACCCACGAUCCCGUAUACAGCCCCGUCGACUCGUUUCUACAAGGCAGCGCCGCAAACUAUGUUGACGAGAUGUACGCGGCAUGGAAAGCCAAUCCCGACAGUGUUCACGUCUCAUGGCAGACUUACUUUCGCAACAUGGAGAACCCUUCGAUACCAGCAACACAGGCGUUUCAACCCCCGCCGGGCCUCAUGUCGAGUCGAUAUACGCAAGAGACAGAAGUCGUGAACACCAUUGAAUCAAACGACACUAUAAACUACCUCAAGGCCCAGGUCUUAGUGCGAGCAUUCCAGGAAUAUGGGCACACUGGCGCAAACAUCAACCCCCUCGGCUCAAUCGGCGAUGAGACCGUCGGCCCGCAUCCCGAUCUACCAAGCACGACGAACUUGGCCAAGUACGGCUUCACUCCCGCCGACCUAGACCACGAGAUACCCCUCGGACCGGGAGUUCUACCACACCUUGCCACACAACAGAAGCGAGUGAAGCUCCGAGACAUCAUUGCCGCUUGCGAAGAGAUAUACUGCGGCUCUUUCGGCGUAGAAUACCUCCACAUCGCAGACCCCGCCAAACGCGAAUGGAUCCGCCAACGCGUCGAAAGCCACCACACCAGCCGCACCUCGACCGAAGAAAAACAGCGCACCCUCGACAACCUAAUCUGGGCAACGAGUCUGGAGCGGUUCCUGGCAGUAAAGUUCCCCAACGAGAAGCGCUUCGGUCUCGACGGCGCAGAGGGCCUCGCGCCGGGUCUCGCCGCGUUGAUAGACCGCUGUGCCGAGGCCCACGGCGUGGAGGACAUCGUCGUCGGGAGUUGCCAUCGCGGGAGGAUGAAUCUUCUCAGCACCGUCUACGGCAAGGACUUUGAGACGCUUUUCCGGCAAUUUGCCGGGACUGCGGAGUUUGACGUCGAGAACGGACAGACCGGCGACGUUAAAUACCACUUCGGUAUGGAUGGGUCCCGGAAGACGGCUGGUGGGAAGGUCGUCGGCAUCUCGAUGCUUCCGAACCCCUCGCACCUCGAAGCCGUCGAUCCUGUUGCGCAAGGCAAGGCCAAAGCCGUACAGCACUUGAAAGAUGAUGCGGACCACUCCAAGGUCAUGUCCCUGGCUCUCCACGGAGACGCGGCGUUCUCUGGACAAGGACCGGUAUACGAGACGCUGAAUCUGUCGAAGCUGAAGGGCUACGACGUCGGCGGGACGGUCAGGCUCAUUGUCAACAACCAGAUCGGCUUCACGACGGACUCGUCCGAUUCGAGAUCGACGCCGUAUUGCUCGGAUCUGGCGAAGUUCAUCGAAGCCCCGAUCUUCCACGUCAACGCUGACGAUCCGGAGGCUGUCGUGUUUCUGUGUAAACUGGCGGCGGACUGGAGAGCCGAGUUCCGAUCGGAUAUUGUCAUUGAUGUGAACUGUUACCGGCGUUUCGGGCACAAUGAGAUUGACCAGGCGAGCUUUACGCAGCCUGAGAUGUACAAGAAGAUCGCGGAGCAGAAGCCUUUGCUGGAGAAGUACAUUGAGAAGCUUGUUGCGGAGAAGACCAUGUCGGCUGAGGUAGUAGAAGAGCAGAAGAGGUGGGUUUGGGAACAACUCGAGGAGAAACUGGCGCGGAGCAGAGCCCCGGUGGAAGAUCACACAGUAGGGAAAUCUGCAGGAGAGGCGUUGACGGUGGAUGGACGUCGGUCAACUGGAGUCGAAGAGGCCACGCUUUCGACUAUCGCGAAGGCGAUCACCAGCGUACCGGAGGGCUUCAGUCUCCAUCGCAACCUCGAACGCAUCCUCACCGCGAAGAAGCAGGCCUUCGAUACCGGCGUCAUCGACUGGCCUACUGCUGAAGCCUUGGCAUUUGGAUCACUUAUCAUGGAGGGCAAACCCGUCCGUAUCAGCGGCCAAGAUGUUGAACGCGGCACCUUCUCCCAAAGACACUCGGUUCUGCACGACCAGAUCACUCACGCCAAACACACACCUCUGAAUCAUCUUCUGGAAAGUCGAACCGCGCAAUAUACCGCGGUCAACUCCCCACUCAGCGAGUUCGGCGUACUUGGCUUUGACUAUGGAUACUCCCUCGCCGCGGAGGACUCAUUGGUCAUGUGGGAAGCCCAGUUUGGCGACUUCGCGAAUAAUGCGCAGGUCAUCAUUGACCAGUUCAUAUCUUCCGGGGAGGCCAAAUGGUUGUUGAAGAGCGGGCUGGUUAUGUCGCUGCCACAUGGGUAUGACGGACAGGGCCCCGAGCACUCUUCCUCUCGGCUGGGGAGGUUUCUGGAACUGGGCAAUGAAGAUCCCAGGACUUGGCCGACAGACUUGCCAAGGACGCGAAGGGGCUGUAACGUGCAGAUCGUGUACAUGACCACGCCGGCAAACUUAUUUCAUGCUUUGAGGAGACAGCUGUAUUCUCCUUAUAGAAAGCCACUCAUCAUCUUCUUCUCAAAGUCCCUCCUUCGCCACCCUCUAGCACGAUCCCCAGUUGAAGAUCUCACAGGCCUCUCAACAUUCCAACCAGUCCUCUCCGAUCCAGAACACGGCAACUCCAUCGCCCCUAGAGAGGACAUAACCCGCGUCAUCCUCUGCAGCGGCCAAGUCUACGCAUCCCUCCACAGACACCGCGAAGCGCAUGGCAUCAGAGACGCGGCCAUCACGCGCAUCGAGGAACUCCAUCCCUUCCCCUGGGCCCAGCUCAAGGAGAACCUGGACUCUUACCCUAAUGCCAAGACCGUCGUUUGGUGUCAGGAGGAGCCUUACAACGGCGGGGCGUGGCAGUACGUGCGUGACAGGCUGGAAACCGUGGCUUCUAGAUCGCAAAGCCACAAGUCCAGUCGCAUCGUGUACGUGGGCCGGGACACGGGCGCGGCGGCGGCGACGGGGUCGAAGAAGGUGCAUCUGGCGGAGGAACAGAAAUUGCUCGAGGACGCUUUUCGUGUGUAA